AUGUUAUUCUAUCUUUUACUUUUAUUUUUCCUGACUUAUGGAUCUGUUUAGGAACUGAAUUAGAAAAACUUUGAAUUAUUUAUAGAUUAAUACCCUUACUCAUUGAUAAAUUUUUUUAAAGGGUACGAUUGCCAGAAAUGUGAUGAAGUCGAUAAAAUGAUCGAACAAAUUUCUUUCAAUUUUAAAGACAAGGUGCUUGGAUUUGGAAAAAUAAAUUGCACUCAACAGCCUUCAUUUACUAAAAGAUUUGGAAUAAAUAAAUUCCCUGCUCUCAUUUUUUUCAGAUAAGGAGAUAUAGAAGUUUAUGAAGGUUAAAAAUCAUAUGCAGAACUUUCUUAAUGGCUAAAAGAAAAUUUAAGACCCUUAGUCCACAUCAUAGAAGAUGCUCACUCUUUAUCAGAAUUUCUGGCAGAUAAAGUUGCCUUAGUCUAUUUUGCUUAAGAGAAUGAGUUUAUCGAUCCAUUUAUUUUAAUGAAAAUGAAAGAAGUAAAUAUGAAAUACUCAUUGUUUUAUAUGGUACUGGCUAAGUCUCCAACAUUAAGAGAUUAAUUUGAAAUUGAUGAUGGAACAAAAUUAGUUAUAUAUCCAUAAAAUGGAGAACCUAAAAAAUAUAAAGGAUAUAUUUAAGAGUAUGAUUUAAAUGUAAUUUUUAAGCAUGGAGAAUUAUUUAAUUCAAGAAGCAUUACCAUUAAUUUACACAGGAACUAAUUUAGAAAUUCAGCAUAUUUUGAAAAAUUAAUUGCCAUUUCUUUUAAUUUUCGACGAAAGAAAUCAAGAGUAUUUUGAAAUAGCAGAAAGAAAUCAAUAUUUUGUUAAAUUAUUUAUUUUUGACCGCAAAGACACUGAAGCAAUUCAGAUAUUUUCUUAGCUCUUGAAAUUGCAAAUCGAUACUAAUUUUAUUUAUUUUCAUGAAACUAAGUAGAGAUUAAAUUUAUUUAUAGAAAUAAAAAAACUUCAUAAAUAAAUAAAAAGGAAAUAUAGAAUGUUAUCUGGGACUAUAUAGAUAGAGAAGACGGAAUCAGAUUUGAUAUUUGA